GGCUGUUCCUGGCACCGCUCUAGCCAUCGCUCUCUGUGGGCACCGCCACCAGCCAAUUGCGGGGCGUACCGCCCUAAACCCUCCCCCUUGCCUCCCGUGGAUCAGCUGAGGGACCCGAGAUGUCUGUUGACAGCGGUGGUGGCUGUGUGGCCGGUUCCGGGAUCCGCGCAGGGCGGGGGAUGUGAGUCCCAUGGAGCUACCCGGGAAAGACGAGCAGCAGCCACCUCAGGAGCCCUGGGGGAGGCUCCUUCGUCUAGGCGCGGAGGAGGACGAACCGCAAAUCCUUCUGUGGAAACCCGAGUGGACCAUCGGAAGGAGGAGAGGUUGUGACCUCUCUUUCCCCAGCAAUAAAUUGGUCUCUGGAGAUCACUGUAAACUUAUAGUGGAUAAAAAAUCUGGUCAGGUGACACUGGAAGAUACCAGCACCAAUGGAACAGUAAUCAACAAGCUGCGAGUUGUUAAGAAGCAGACUUACCCUUUACAGAGUGGGGAUGUCAUCUAUUUGGUAUACAGGAAGAAUGAGCCAGAACACAAUGUGGCGUACCUCUAUGAAUCUUUAAAUGAAAAACAAAGCUUGCCUCAAGAAUCCCUCGAAGCCAAUAAAGAAAAUAUGUUCCAUGUGACCAAAGAUUCCUCAGGUCCAGGGCAGGGUGAUGACCUCCAGGUUCCACCGUUGUCACCCGUGGCUCAAACAUGCUUAGAGGAACCACAGCCAUCAACAUCGACAUCAGACCUCUUCCCCAUGGCCUCUACCUCUACUAUGGAGCCAGAGCUGACCUCUGCAGGGCAAAAGCAUUCCUCUAGCUCUGGACUUGGGAAUGCAGGCAUCUCCCCAAAAGAAUGUAGUUCACUUGUUGCAAAUGGUGAACUCUCUAGCCUUUCUUCAGUUCUCCAAGACAAAGAGGCAUCCUGUUUCCUUUUGGAAACCGAAGACCAUGAUGAAUUAGAGCCUGCCAAAAAAAGGAGGAAAAGAGAUGGGGAGCUUGCCUUGAACCUGCAGUUAUUGGUUGCAGACCAGCAUGGAAAUGCCCAAACCUCACAUGAGGAUGUCAGAGUUGACUCUGUGAAGCCAGACAAGAUGGAGGAGACACUAACCUGCAUCAUCUGUCAAGACCUUCUGCAUGACUGUGUGAGUUUGCAGCCUUGUAUGCACACAUUUUGUGCAGCUUGCUACUCUGGCUGGAUGGAGCGUUCGUCUCUGUGCCCUACAUGCCGAUGUCCAGUGGAGCGGAUCUGCAAAAACCACAUCCUGAAUAACCUCGUGGAAGCGUACCUUAUCCAGCAUCCAGAUAAGUGUCGCAGUGAAGAAGAUGUGAGAAGUAUGGAUGCAAGGAAUAAAAUAACUCAAGACAUGCUGCAACCCAAAGUCAGGAGGUCUUUUUCUGAUGAAGAGGGGAGUUCAGAAGACCUGCUAGAGCUGUCAGAUGUUGAUAGUGAAUCCUCAGACAUCAGUCAGCCAUAUAUUGUAUGCAGACAGUGUCCUGAAUACAGAAGGCAAGCAGUGCAGUCUCUUCCUUGCCCAGUACCAGAUAGAGAGCUGGGAGCUACACAGGCCCUUGGUGGGGAAGCACCAUCAACAUCUGCCAGCUUGCUAACAACCCAGGAUUAUAUGUGCCCUCUUCAAGGAAGCCAUGCCAUAUGUACCUGCUGCUUCCAGCCUAUGCCUGACCGGAGAGCUGAGCGUGAACAGGAUUCCCGUGUUGCCCCUCAGCAGUGUGCUGUGUGCCUGCAGCCCUUCUGCCAUUUGUAUUGGGGCUGCACCCGGACUGGCUGCUUUGGCUGCUUGGCUCCAUUCUGUGAGCUCAACCUGGGGGACAAGUGCUUGGAUGGAGUGCUGAACAAUAACAACUAUGAGUCAGACAUCCUGAAGAAUUACCUGGCAACUAGGGGUCUGACAUGGAAAAACAUGUUGGCAGAGAGUCUCUUGGCUCUACAGCGGGGUAUAUUUCUACUGUCUGAUUACAGAAUCACUGGAAAUACUGUGUUGUGUUACUGCUGUGGUCUUCGUAGCUUCCGAGAGCUGACAUACCAGUAUCGGCAGAACAUUCCUGCUUCUGAGUUGCCAGUGACUGUAACAUCCCGUCCUGAUUGCUAUUGGGGCCGUAACUGUCGCACUCAGGUGAAGGCUCACCAUGCAAUGAAAUUCAAUCACAUCUGUGAACAGACAAGGUUCAAGAACUGAGUGUUGGAGGAUACACAUAACAGUUACAGAGCAUAGGAAGCAAUGACACUAUGUUUUUUUGUUUGCUUGUUUUUGUUUUUUUGGUUUUUCGAGACAGGGUUUCUCUGUAUUGAUUUGGAAGUUGUCUUGGAACUAGCUCUGUAGACCAGGCUGGCCUCGAACUCACAGAGAUCCACUUGCCUCUGCCUCCCAGAGGCUGGGAUUAAAGGUGUGAGGCACCAACACCCGGCAAGACACUAUGUUUUUAACAAAAUCAUAUACAAAUACUUAAGGGCAUUUUUAGAGUUCUCCUUUUAUAGUCUAGCACUGGGGGUUUCUGGUCAGGCACUCCCUUUGUGGAGCUUUAACUUCAAACACACAUACACCAUGUGUCCCAGUAACCUAGAAGGCCUAUACAUACACACCCACACCGUUUGUCCCAGUAACCUGGGAGGCUUACUGGCCACACUGGCCUCCUAGUCAGUGCGGGAAGAUCAACAGUAAGAUCUCUCUCCCACUGGACAGCUCUUCCCUUGUGUGUGGUGAGGCAGUGAUAGUGCAGGUUUAUACUUUUGUAUCUUUUAUACCUUGUACCUUGACUACAGUUAAAAUGGAAACAUUUCAUGGGAAAAAAGCGUCAGAUAUGUAAGGAGCAUUCUAUGUAAGGAAAGGAAGUGUAAGUUUACAGCCUCCAGGGAUGUACAGGAUAUUCUUACAUCUGGAAAGCCACAGCCUUUUGUAUAUUUUUUAUUUUAAUAGGUUUGGUGCUUAUCUUUUAAUAAGAUUAAAAUAUUAAAAACUGUAGCACAAAUAUUAUAACUUAUAAUUUAUAAAUUGACUGAAAUGAAUUGGGAGUCUGAUAUUUGAAAGAAGAAGCAUAUGUUCCUGUAUUUAAAAAAAAAAAUUAAAUGUCCAAAACUGCUAAUCCUGAGGAGGAUAUCUUGAGUAUCCAGGUUCUUGACAAGAGGCUAGCCAAUGCCUCUUAUGUGGCAGUUUACAGCCUCUGCUGUUAGCCCUCCAAUACCUGAGAGCAGCCCCCUGCUGAAACUCCAGAUGUCUCCAGACUGAUAGGGCUUCUGCUUUCUAAGCCCUGUGCUGGUAUAUUAGAUUUGUUAUGUCAUCUGGAAUAAUACUUGAAAUUUUGUUUUUUGGAUUUUUUUAAGCUUUUUUUUUAUCUUUUAUUGAAAUUGCCUGUUAUCUUUGUUUGCAAACUGCUAACUUUUUGCUUCUCAGGAAUACACUUUUCAACUGUUGUCUUGCUCUUGAUACAGACUGAGAGGCAGCACUCUGUAUUUGUGGGAGGUUCUUUUAUUUUAUUUUAUUUUUGAUCCUAAUAAAUGAGCUGUGUUUGUU